AUGGAUCAUGCUAUCAUCUUACAAUUAUUAGUUGGUUCAUCGACCAAAACAGUUCAACAAUGUCGUAUGCAUACGUGCUUCGAUCUAAAUCGUUGUGGUUUAGAUGAUCAUCGCCGAUUAACAGUCUAUGUUUAUCCACGUUAUCUAUUACCUGAUCUUUAUGGUAUCAGUGAUCCAGUCAACACUAUCACUAGAGAAUAUCGACGCAUGCUACAAGCGAUUAUCGACAGCCCAUUUUACGUCGAUAACCCCAAAACUGCUUGCCUUCUAAUACCAUCAUAUGAUGUCUUAAAUCAACGUCAUGUUAACCUUCAAGGUGCAGGUUUAACCUUAACUAACUUACCCUAUUGGAAUCAAGGUAAAAAUCACUUAUUAUUUAAUAUGUUGCCUGGACAGUGGCCUCAUUUCAAUACAUCGCUUGAUGCCCGACGAGGUCGAGCGAUGCUAGCUGGCGGUGGAUUCUCGUCUUUGUCAUACAGAUAUGGCUUUGAUAUAAGUAUUCCAAUCUAUAGCUUACAUCAGGAUGAUGAUUAUCAUCAAAGAUCACAAGAUGAAAACUAUCAUAAUAAUAUCAGCCAUCAUCAUCGCCCAUGGUUAUUACUAUCAUCACAAUUACACUAUGAUAGAAAAUUUGACAACAGACUAAUGAACUUAGCUAAUGAUAAUCGUAUAUUAAUCUUACAACGAUGUUCUGUCAAUAGUAGUCAUAAAGCAUACUAUCAACGAUGCAGCCAUAAGCAAUCCAUUUCAUAUCCAACUAUUCUUCAGGAUUCUACUUUUUGCUUAAUGUUGAGAGGAUAUCGUCUCAUUCAAAGCAACUUCUUGGAUGCAUUAAAAUUCGGCUGUAUACCAGUUGUUUUAAGUGAUGAAUAUAUCCUACCAUUUUCAGAAGUGUUGGACUGGAAGAGAGCUGCUCUGGUAUUUAGGGAAGAUCAACUACUAUCUCUACCGGCAGUAUUAUCGUCAAUAAGUACUAAAACAAGACAUAACCUUCGGAAACAGGGGAUGUUUUUCUGGCAAUCCUAUUUUAAAUCCUUAGAACUAAUUACGCUUACAACUUUACAAAUUAUUAAUGAUCGAAUUUUUUAUAACACGGCACGAUCAUACUCUGAGUGGAACGAACCUUAUUUAAGUAGGCAACUUCCAGCUGUUUACCAUAAUCCGCCGAUAUUUUAUCCUGUGAUUGGGCGCAAAGAGAUGGGCUUCACUGUAAUUAUUCUCACUUAUAAUAGGUUUAAUAAUUUAAAACGGAUACUAACAAUCUUAGAGAACGUCGCAAGCUUGAAAGAAAUAUUAAUUAUAUGGAAUAAACAAGAAAUGGCAGCUCCAUCGGCUAGUUACUUAAUGGAAGAAGCCAAUACUAAGAAACCUGUAGUGGUUAUGAUGAUGAAAAAUAAUAAAUUAAGCAACAGAUUUAUACCAUUCAAAACGUUAAAAACUGAUGCCGUUUUUGCAAUGGAUGAUGAUAUGAAUAUGUUAACACCAGAUGAGAUAGAGUUUGCCUACCAAACCUGGCUCGAAUAUCCAGACCGUAUUGUAGGAUUUCCCGCAUGUAAUCAGCUUUGGAAUGAAUCUGCGCAUCAGUGGUUAUAUACGAACGAUUGGACUAAUGAUUUAUCAAUGAUAUUAACUAAAGCGGCUAUGUAUCAUCGCUACUAUAAUUAUUUAUACAUAAACAAUAUGCCGCAAGAUAUAAAAGAUUGGGUAAACUCUAACUUCAAUUGUGAUGAUAUCGCCAUGAAUUUUUUAAUUGCUAACUACACUGGUAAACCACCGAUCAAGGUAACACCGAGAAAACGUUUCCAAUGCUCGGAAUGUGUAAAAAAUAGGAAGCCAUUAUCAACUCAUCUACAGUACCUCGAGAAUCGAACAAAAUGCUUAAACGUAUUUAAAAGGAUAUACAAACGUAACCCAUUAGUGCGAUCAUCAUUUCGAAUUGAUCCAGUCUUGAUGGGAGACAAUAUUUCUUCUUCAUUUCAGAAAUUUCCUUCAGUUGGAGCCGUUUAG